AUGGAUAGAAUCAUUGCUCAUGACAAUAUAGCCACCACUCGAAAUGUAAUGUACAACGAAGACCACGACCACGUAACGCCAGGGAAUCAAGUUGAUUACACCACAUAUCCAACUGUGAAGCAAAGCCUAAAAGAGAAGUCCUAUGCGCUAGGUGGUGUUGCACAUGAAUUAGAUAAACUUCUUGCCCUACAUGGGAUGGACAAUCGCUUUCAAUCCAUAUCAGACGACCAGUUCCGAGACGAUGCUGCUGCGACUAUGAUUGGCUACCCAGCGUCCCAUGCUGAUGGGACAUGCGAGCAUAUUGAGAGACUACCAAGCGUUAAAGAUCAUAACAACGGGUCUUCAACGAUGCUAGCCACCUUGCGAGACCAGGCUUAUGCAUCGUUUGAAGGCCUAGUAGAUGUCUUGGGGAAGGAUCUUAAUGCAGACAGCCACGAACUAGCGUACGAGGUAUCAGAGACCCGAGGCGCUAUCCAGACAGAGUACCCUAGUGGCAGCAAUACUGAAGUCACGAGAGACGUUGGCUGGCAUAAAGCGAACAUAGAGAUACCCGAUCCGUUGAUUGGUGGUUACACGAACGGAGAGCUUUUUGCUUUCAUCAGACGCUUCAACAAGGUGGGGCUUUCUUUCUCCCGACGAAACUUUCAUAGGCUGAUUGCGAUUGAUUAG